GGGCGGAGCGGUGCGGGGCCCGGUGCGGGUUUAUUAGAGCGGCAGGUCGGGAUGAGCGGCGCAGGCACGCCACAAGCAGCGGCGGGAGACAGCCGCGCGGUGACUCGCCGCCCCCAGCCCGCCCGGCUGCCGCCUCCCCGGGGCGCCGGCGCCAGUGGGGUGCAGCCGUGCUCCCAGGGACGGCCCCGGCGGCGGGGCGGGGGGGAGCGAGGAGGAGGAGGAGGAAGAGGAGGACGACGACGACAACGACGACGGAGGAGCGCGGCUGCGGCCGGGAGCGUGUGCAGCGGUGGCUGGAAUCGGGAUGGUGCUCCCGCCCCUCUGGGUACUGGCAGCCGCGCUCCUGGGGCUCCGUGCUGCAGCCGCUCGGCAGACUGGUAAAGAACAGCAGACCCAAAUAGAAUUACGAAAAAGCAGACCAAGACCGUAUGGGUUAGUGAUUCCAAUCAGUACCAAUGCAGACGGAAGCUACAUCUCCAAUAUUCUCUCUGCAAGUCACCAAAGAAGGUCAACGCGGGAGGUAUCCCAGAGCCUCAAACAGUUGUAUUUUAAUGUCACUGCCUUUGGUCAGGAAUUCCAUCUCCGGCUGAAACCCAACACUCGUUUAGUGGCUCCCGAGGCUGUCGUGGAGUGGUACGAAGAUUCUGUGCAAACUAGAAGUGAUGCUUGUAACGCAAAUCAAAGUAGAACUGCUACAGAGAGGUUAUGGAAGAGAGAGCCCCUGUGGACCAACUGCGCAUAUGUAGGAGACAUAACGGACAUCCCCGGAGCUUCCGUGGCUAUCAGCAAUUGUGAUGGUCUGGCUGGAAUGAUAAGAACCAAUAAGGAUGAAUACUUCAUUGAGCCUUUGGAAAGAGGAAAGCAAAUGGAAGAGGAAAAGGGGAGAAUCCACAUGGUGUACAGGCGAUCAGCUGUAGCACAUCAUCCCACUGAUAUGCUCCCUGAUGUCCAUACAGAAGAGUCUCUUCUGGGUGUCCCUGGAGAGCUGAGUUCCUUAUCCAGCAGAGUGGAGCAGCAGCUAAAUAGCACCCUGAGGCGACGCAGGCAUGCGGGUGAUGAUGACUACAACAUCGAGGUGCUGCUUGGCGUGGAUGACUCUGUCAUCCGAUUCCAUGGCAAAGAACACGUUCAAAACUAUCUCCUCACCCUCAUGAACAUAGUGAAUGAAAUUUACCAUGAUGAAUCCCUCGGCAUUCACAUAAAUGUCAUGCUGGUCCGGAUGAUCAUGUUGGGGUACGCAAAGUCCAUUAGCUUGAUUGAAAGGGGGAAUCCCUCCAGAAGCUUGGAGAACGUUUGCCGCUGGGCACAUCAGCAGCAGAAGUCGGACCCCAACCACUCUGAGCACCACGAUCAUGCCAUCUUCUUAACCAGGCAAGAUUUUGGGCCUGCUGGUAUGCAAGGAUAUGCCCCUGUUACUGGCAUGUGUCACCCGGUCCGAAGCUGUACCCUCAACCACGAGGAUGGGUUUUCAUCAGCUUUUGUUGUCGCUCAUGAAACGGGUCAUGUGCUGGGAAUGGAGCACGAUGGGCAAGGGAACAGAUGUGGGGAUGAGACAGCCAUGGGGAGUGUGAUGGCUCCCUUGGUGCAGGCUGCCUUUCAUCGUUACCACUGGUCCAGAUGCAGCGGCCAAGAACUCAAAAGAUACAUACACUCUUAUGACUGUCUUCUUGAUGACCCUUUCGAACAUGACUGGCCCAAGCUUCCUGAACUGCCAGGCAUCAAUUAUUCCAUGGAUGAACAGUGCCGCUUUGAUUUUGGUGUUGGCUACAAAAUGUGCACAGCGUUCCGAACCUUUGAUCCAUGCAAGCAGUUGUGGUGCAGCCAUCCAGAUAACCCAUAUUUCUGUAAGACUAAGAAGGGACCUCCACUUGAUGGGACUGAAUGUGCCCCUGGAAAAUGGUGCUAUAAAGGUCACUGCAUGUGGAAGAACGCUAACCAGCUGAAGCAGGAUGGCAACUGGGGACCCUGGACAAAAUUUGGCUCCUGCUCCCGGACCUGUGGGACUGGAGUUCGCUUUAGGACUCGCCAGUGCAACAAUCCAAUGCCCAUUAAUGGAGGUGAGGAUUGUGCUGGCGUCAACUUUGAGUUUCAACUUUGCAAUACAGAGGAGUGUCCAAAGCACUUCGAGGACUUCAGAGCGCAGCAAUGCCAGCAACGCAAUUCCCACUUUGAGUAUCAGAGCAGCAAGCACCACUGGCUGCCAUACGAGCACCCCGACUCUAAUAAGAGAUGCCACCUGUACUGCCAGUCCAAAGAAACUGGAGGUGUUGCCUAUAUGAAACAGUUGGCACACGAUGGGACUCGCUGUUCCUAUAAAGAUCCCUACAGCAUUUGUGUUCGUGGAGAAUGUGUGAAAGUGGGUUGUGACAAGGAAAUUGGUUCCAAUAAGGUUGAAGAUAAGUGCGGCGUCUGCGGCGGGGAUAAUUCUCAUUGCCGGACUGUGAAGAGAACUUUCACCCGCACUCCCAAAAAGCUUGGAAAACAUUUAAGCAAGAGGUGCCAAAAAGAAUUCAAGUUUCUGGAAAAUGAAAUCUGGUACCUAAAGAUGUUUGACAUCCCUCCCGGUGCUCGACAUGUGUUUAUCCAAGAAGACGAGGCUUCUCCUCAUUUUCUUGCAAUUAAGAACCAGGCUACAGGACACUACAUUCUGAACGGGAAAGGGGAGGAGGCCAGAUCCCGAUCUUUCAUCGACCUGGGUGUGGAGUGGGAGUACAACAUCGAAGAUGACAUUGAGACUGUCCACACUGAUGGGCCCUUGCAUGAUGCGGUGGUUGUGCUGAUCAUUCCUCGGGAGAAUGACACAAGAUCCAGCCUGACUUACAAGUACAUCAUUCAUGAGGACUCGGUACCAACUAUCAACAGCAACAAUGUCCUUCAGGAAGAAGAUACUUUUGAGUGGGCAUUGAAGAGUUGGUCACAGUGCUCCAAACCCUGUGGUGGAGGGUUUCAGUACACCAAAUACGGGUGUCGCAGGAAAAGCGAUAACAAAAUGGUUCAUCGCAGCUUCUGUGAAGCCAGCAAAAAGCCCAAGCCCAUCCGUAGAAUGUGCAACCUGCAGGAAUGCACCCAGCCUCUCUGGGCAGCAGAUGAGUGGGAGCACUGCACCAAAAGCUGUGGGAAUUCUGGGUACCAGCUCCGUACAGUGCGCUGCAUCCAGCCCCUUCAUGAUGGUGUGAACCGCUCCGUCCAUUCCAAGUACUGCAGUGGAGACCGCCCCGAGAGCCGCCGGCCAUGCAACCGUGUACCAUGCCCUGCACAGUGGAAGGCUGGACCCUGGUCUGAGUGUUCCGUGACCUGUGGGGAGGGAACUGAGAGCCGGCAGGUCAUAUGCCGUGCCGGUGAUCAGUGCAAUGGAGAAAAGCCAGAAGCAGUGAGGGUUUGUAAACUCGCUCCCUGUAAUGAUGAGCCUUGCCUGGGAGACAAAUCCAUCUUCUGUCAGAUGGAGGUGCUUGCACGAUACUGUUCCAUCCCUGGCUACAACAAGCUGUGCUGUGAGUCCUGUGGUAAACGCAGCAGCACCCUCCCACCACCAAUCCUCACUGAAGUUGCUGCAACUGAAGAGGAAGCAACAUUUGAUCAGGGCCACCUGCCUGGGGCAUUGAUGAUGCCAACGCUGGUAGUGCCCCACCAUGCACAGUUCCUGUCUGGAAGGAGCAAUCUGGGCAGGCUUCCUUCUGGAGACAAAGAUGCCAAUCCACACAUCUCCCCAUCCAACACCAAGCCCAGUGGGGCUGAGUUCCCGCAAUGGAAAGUCCCUCCAGCAAAGAAGACUUCUAGGCUGUUGGCUUUGCUGCACCAGUUACCUGCCAACAGCAGCAGUCUCAGUCCUCACCAUGCCCUUGGGUUGGCAGCGGCCAUUCCUGCUGUGGCAGCUAAUAACACCAUAGCAGGGGCUCCUUCUCUAUCAAGAACCUCAAGGAAGAGUGCAAAGCAUAUUGAGAAAAGAUGGCCUUCAAGGUCCUCCACUGUGGAACGAUGAAUCUGAAUGCCUCAGAAGGAUAGCAUUGGAAAGGCGCUUGGUUUGGUGCUUUGGGUUUCAUUUCCUUACUUCUAGACACUAUGGUGCAUGCUGCUUUCCACAAGCAAGACACUGCAGGUCAUCAACUCAUUUUCCUUGUAAAUACAAAGAACGAGAAGUGCUGGUUCACUUUCUAGUUGCUCCUCCUGUUCUUCUCCCAUCCUGCAUUACCUGGCUGGAUUGAACACAUUGGAGGAAUGCACCAAAGGAUACUUCUCAUGGUGAGCAGAUGUUGCUGAGAGCAUCAGUCAAGCUCUAGUACAGAAAAGCAGCCCUGACCUCAGGGUUCUAAACACUCCCAUAUAGAAAAGGCCCUACCACAAGAGGUACCAGAUGUUUACACUCUACAAAAUACUUUUGCAAUGGAACAAGGGAAUCUGUAAGACUUGUUUUGCUAAUUUAUCUGUAGGGACGGAUCUUGUACGAGCAACUUUGCACCGUUGUGUAAAUCCUGUAUAUUACAGAAAAGCAGUAUUAUUUUUAAGAGGUUUGUGCGGUCAGACAACUGUUGAUCUAUGUUGCAUUCUAGACAAGUGCUAGGUGCCUGCCACUGAGUGCUGCCUUAUUGCCAUUCCAGGAGCUGAUGUGUAAAGCAGCAUUGUCAUGAAAGGAGGAGUUCCAUUUUCAGAUUAAUUAUAUCUCCUGACACUAGGAAAAGGUGUUUACGAACAGUGUGAUGCUUUCUUUUGAAACUGGGGAAAAUGCAUGAACCUAAAGGUUUACUUCUAGCCCAUGAAAAGUAGGUUUAGAAACUUUAGUGUAAUUCCAGUCACAGGUUGGAAAAAGCAUUUUAUGUGCCUGCGAGAUGAGCACUGACCUGGCAUCGCCUCGGUGUCAGGGCAGUGGUGCUGUCCUGUAGGUCUCCCUUUCCUGAAGGGGUCGGACUGGAGUAGGAAGAAGCCAUGUAAAUACUGUAAGUACUGUGGUGUUCACCAGUCAAACAUGAGUUCUGUUCUCCAGCUGAUCUCUUUGUAAUUUCUGAAGCUGAAAAAGCAUCACAGAGCUAGAAUAGGCACUAGCAAGAAAUAGCUGUGAGAAGAAAUCAGAUUUAUUACUGUUUUUCCAACUGGAAGCAUUGAUUUCAAGGUGAGAGAGGUAUUUAUUUUUCAGUAGGGUUCACCUCAAAGCUCCACAACCACAAUGCAUCUGACUGCAAGAACGUGCUAGUACUUUAUGUCAAUACCCAUCUUGUUCACAGUCCACCCAAUCACACUCUCUCUUGUGUGUUGCUGUAAAGUACUUGUAUAUAGGAUUGAGAACUAAAGAUAUUUAUUAAAAGUGGAUUUCUUGAUAGUAUUUUAUGUACUAAAUAUUUACACUAAGGGCAAUUGCCUAUUCUUUUUUGCUAAGAUAAAACAGAGAUGUGUAAUUAGCCAUGUGUACAUCUUAUGUCAUAUGGAUAGAACAGAAAUUUAAGCUAACUAAACUACUGUAGAGAAAUCGUUGAUCUUCUGCUUUAAAAAUAAGUAAGUCUUAUGACAGCUUUUUUAUUCCAAGCAUCUUUAAUUUCUGAACAGGUUAUUAAAGUUUCAUGUGCAAUUUUUGCUUCCCCAUAAAGAGCCCUCAUGUUCCACCCAUUUAAAAUGCCAAUGAGUAUGUCCCCCUAAAAUGUUAUCAAGUGGAUCAGGACCCCAGAGAUGACAUUAUAGAAACAUCAGUAGUGAUUAUGCAGAGUUGCCAGGAAGCAAUAAGGAUGAAAAUUGUGGAAAAUGAAGGAUGAAGACUUUCAAAGUAAAGGAGAAUAUCGGUAGGUUGAUGCUGUUGGCGGAAGCCCAGGGUCAUAGCGUACAUCAUGCAGUAUGCCAUCUAACCUACCAAAGUACUGACACCCCUACAGAACUGCUGCUGCCUUUCAACAGGACUUUUGAAGGGCCAAGAAAUCAGCUUUAAGCAGAUGGUGCAGAGCCUCAAACAGAAACAGAAAUGUUUCUGUUUCUUUACAAUUCCCCCAAAGGCAAAUUCUCUUUUCUCUGUCUUUUACUCGUACACAGUUUGGGUGUAGAUAAUCCUUGUACCUCUUGGAUUUCUUUUCUACCUAGCUAAUUUCUCUUUCUGUCAAAUGUACACUACUGACUGACACUGUUUGUUGUAUGGGGAGCACGUAACAAUAAAAUCUUUCACAUAGGA